AUGUAUUGGAGGUUUGUUCUGCUUGGCUUUCUGUGGAUAAUUUGUGGCCAGGUGUGUACAUUGGAACCGAAAUGUCUUCCGGAGGUUGAUAUCUCAAAAAAAAAUGGUGUCACCCCUGACGACCCGUUUGUGUAUUUCGGUGAGCACAUUAACCUAAACUGCACCGUGUCCACGAAACAGCUUCCUAACAAUUCAGUGCUGAUAUUUUUGACAAAGCGCGAUGACGGAAAAGUGGAAGAAGUUGAAAACACAAUUUUGAUCAAAACUGAUUCGACACUAACCAUAACCAUUAAUGAAACAAUCACAACGCCUGUCAAAAUGACCUCCAAAUCGGUAAACUACCGAUGCAGACUACUGUGUGAGUCAGGCAGCCAAGAAGUAGGAAAUCAGUAUGUUACAAUAGAUAGUCCACCACAAACACCUGAGAACCUGUCUUGUAUUAAUUACAACUGGAAACGCCUCAUCUGUCAUCUUAACUACGGAACACAUUACCGCAGUAAUCAGAUCAACAUCACUUGGGAAUGGACAGUUGACACCAUGUGGUCAAAAUGUCCUAAUUUGGAGACCACAGCUGUUGGAGCCAAAUGUACUUGGACAGCUGUUCAAUUUGGAGUCUUUGCUUUUCGUAUCAAUAUCACAAACGAUAAGCGACAGGACGACCAACCUGUUGUCAAUAUCCUUAAAAUAAAACCUCCAGUUAAACCUGAGAAGGUAACAAAUGUCGCCUACCAGGCUAAUGCUACAGUUGCCAGUCUCACCUGGAGCCACAGCACUAAUAGCAAGAAUCUUCUCUACAACUUACACUACUGCUCCAAGUGGCAUUCUUGCAAGGAGGAGGAAAAUAAAUCUGGAAGAAUAGUGUUGUCACAUCUAGUGCCAGAUACAGAGUACAAUGUCAGCAUUGUGGCACAGCCAUACUAUAAUAACAGUGUGUCAGGUUACUGCAGUGACCCUGUUGAUAUCACCUUCACAACUCAGCCACAGGUGCCCCUCUUUAACCCAAAGAUGCAGCCAGGAUUCUAUGAGAGUGUCAACAACACAAGUAUAAUUCUCUACUGGAAGAAUAUUCCAGAAAUGGCUCAGAAUGGACGUAUUCAACUCUACAAUGCCAGUAGCUUUCUACUGGAAAAUGGGACACAGGUCAUGACAGUUCCACCAAUUUUUUCCACAGUUAAAAAUGCAAAUACUCCACAGAAUUUUUUAAUAAUAAAUGGACUGUGUACCACUUGUAAAUACCGUGUGGAGCUGGCCCUAAAAAAUGUCAAGGGAUAUUCUCACAAUGACUCCUCACAACUAUUUCUUCUGCCUGUUAACCAAAGGCCUGUUGUGAAACAUAUAAGGGACUUUCAUGUGGAAGCGCUGAAUGACACAUAUGUUAGAAUUACAUGGUUAGACCAGAAACAAGCUUACGCAAAAACUGUUAGAUCUAUAACUAACUACAGCAUUGUAUGGUGUCGUCGUAAAACACACACUGACCUCUGUCAGGGGGAGCUACAGGUUAAGGUUGUACGCAAAUCAACAAUGGAGGUAGAAGUGAAUUUAGAGGAAUCAUUCAGAGACUACAGGUUUGGGAUGUCAGUUGAAGUACAGACAAACAAGGGUUUACUAGUCAGCAGUGGAAUAGUGUGGGGAACAGCGGUGCCCUUCCUUAAAUAUGGAGUACCCUCAGAUGCUCCUCCAGAAGUAGAAACUUCCCUCACCGAACCCAAUGGCUUUAACAUGACCUGGGGUCCUUAUGAGACGAACUCCCCGGACUAUAGCCCAGCUUUGGCCUAUCAAGUUAUCUACUGUAGGAAACACAAUUGUACAGAGGUCAAUAUUACUGCCAGUGACAGCCCCAUGAAGUUCUCAGUUACCUCUUUGGACCCUGGGUCCUACAACUGUACUGUCCGUGGGGUAUUUUCUGGUGGAUAUGGUCCAAUGAGCAUUGCCUCCAAGUUGGUUGUUGGAUCUCCAGGUAAUAUGGGUGCCUCAGUUUCAGGUAAGGGUGAUAAUUCUAUAGGUAUUAUCAUCGGAACAGUAAUGGGAGUUCUUCUCCUGUUUAUCAUCCUCUUCGCGAUUUUUUAUAAACUCCGGCAAGUGAAUCACAAAGCUUAUAUAGCUACAAAAGAGAUUGACGUUCCAGAGGUCGGCAAAGUGACAGCAAAAACCAGUGGUGAUUUUCAAGGAAACAGUAUUGAUUCUGGCGUAGGCGAGGACAGCAAAUAUUCCUCUGAGGAUCCAACAAGAGUUGCUUUACUGCCUCAGAUAACUAAGGACUUAUCAGAUCAUCAGAUACGAAGAAAUGAGCUGUGUAAAACACCACUGAUACAACACCAAGAUUCCACUGACCAACAUUCCACUUCUGUCAGAAAUAUCAUUAAUAAACAAAAUGGCAGCAGCUCAUUACAGUUGGAUGUUACAAAGGAAAAAGAUUCUGGUCUUAGUGGGAUUGACACAGGACAGACGAUUAACACAGAACCAACUAUUGGCACAGGACAGACGAUUAACACAGAACCAACUACACGACAGAGCGAGUCAGAUGACCACCGAAAUAGUCUGGCUGAUGAUGUGGAUGAUGAUGGUUACAGACGUCCAACGUUUGCAGACAGCUCAGUAAACUCACAGUAUAGUCCAGUCAGUCAAGAUUCAGUGGAAUCAUAUACCCAGUCUGCCAUUGCUAGUGCAUAG